AUGCUUACAGCAAAUUCCAUUAACAUUAACAAGCGACAAACAAUACAGGAAACAUGGAAAUGCACAAGGAAACUUUUCAUACAAUUUUUACCACUUAUAAUUUUCUUUGCUAUAACCGACCUGCCAUGGGCACUUCGUCAAGCACUUCGAGCAACAUUUCCUGACGCUUUAACUGGCACUUCAGAAGAGUUGGAAUUUUUUUUAGCAAAUCUCACGACAGUAUAUCAGUUGGCCAUAGUAUUUAUAAUUUUCUUGAAUCAACCCGAGUUAAGAUCAAAAUUCCGACAACGAAUGGAAAGAGUGUGGAUGAAAGCAUGUAGAACAAUAUUUGGAAUGAAUCAAGUCGUACCGACGAUUCGGGUAGCUACCAUCGAAACAGCACAAGAACUUCUUUAA